AUGGUCAGUCUCAGAUGUUGGCUUUCAAUGGGUAAAAUAGUAAAUUCAUACAAACCUACUUCCUCGCAACCCCAAAUCAGAGGUAUCACGUUCAAAAAUAUCUCGUUAAAACCCAUCGUCGGACGCCCAUCGCAUCUCUCCCUCUCUCAACUUGCCCCCGCUGUUGCUCAGCCACCCAUCACGCCGGUCAUUAAAAUACCAGAGGAAGCUAUUUGGGUGAACCAAUCAGCUAAUAACAAAAAUCAAACCCACCCUGCAAUUGUUAAGAUCAAUCAAUCAAGAUUAAGUAGAUAUGCCCAACAGCUCCUACUCGCCAUGCGACUGUUCUCGGUGGAUUUCCUUGCACUGCAUGGUUUGAUGAGGGAGAACUCUCAGAAGAUGGCCAAAAUGAUGUUGAAGGUUUAG